AUGAACAUGGUUUACCAGCCGCCCGCAAGUUCUCUCAUCACAUUUUCACCAUUUUCACGCCUUCCACUCGAAAUCAGAUGCAGAAUCUUCAAGGAAGCAUUUCCUGAGCCAUUGAUCGUCAGAAUCCCUAUCAUUCCUUUCCCCUACACUAAUACCAUCAGAGAAUGGCUGAUGGUCUUGGUGACUAGAUAUCCCGAGCUUCUCCCGUUUCUUCUGGCUUGCAAAGAGUCCAACGCCGAGGUCUUUCGUACGUUUCAAAAGCUUGUGAUUAUAGCUCCGUCCUCGUCGUUUCUGAAAGUUCGAUCUGAUAACAUCAUGUACCAUACGUAUAUCCGACCCACCAUCGAUACUUUUAUCCUCCAAGCGACGCCAUUUUUGGAGUUAUACGAACGAGGUGGAAGUAUCAAUCUCAGCAAUAUCACCCACCUUGCUUUGGACACCCUAACGUUCGAACCCCUCAGGAGAGCUGAUGAAGAUACCGACGAGUCUUUGAUGCGCAAGUAA